AUGAAGAGAGCUCAAAUAGCUCACUCCGGUCGUCAGCUUGAUACGUUUCUCGACAACUUGUUCUAUUGUCCUGCAUGUACGACAUGGCGAACGAAAAAAGCCCUCUUGUUCUCCGUCCGUCAAACCAUACCGUCGAUCCGUCGAAAUGCCUCUACUCUUAGCUCCAGCACCGCCGUGAACGCUACUAAAACCAUCCCCCGGCGGUACCAAGAACUAUACAAGGCUCUCGGUGAUGUACGAAAGAAGGCGUCUGCACAAGUCAAUCUCAGUCGGCUACAGCUUGCGCUGCAAGGCCUAGAGUCCGAGACACCCACAACGAGGGUGGCAGUCGUGGGAUUGAAUGUGCAGGAUACAGCACGACGGCUGGUGCGCCUCCUUCUCGCGGAUGCAUUGGCAGAUGAGGAUCGGUGGGAGAAAGAAUUGCUUCACGGGGACGAGGACUUCAGUCAAGGCGUGGUCAUUCGAUUCGGGACCUCGUCAAAUCCCAAUCUACAACGGCCCAGGACGUCGAUUCCGGUGCUCUACAUACCCUCGAACUCUUUGGAAAGAAACAAUAUGGAGAUCUUGGUGUCGGCCAUCAGUGACCUAAGAACAGGAGAUCUCUUGCAGGGUACCCAGACUGUCACUGCGGAUGCAUUCCUAUCACCCUCGAUCGGAACCCCCACCGCCGCCAAUGGCAGGCAGACAACCAUCAGUCAGCCUGUGCAUAGCACUGUACUAGUGACCAAGGGUUUGGACGAACUUUUAUCAGCGGCUAAGCUGUUGGCCUCAACAAAUUUCACGGCGAUAGAGGAUCGAGAAUGCAUCAAACUGGUGGUCAAUCUAGAGGUUACAAAGGCGGACAACCUAGGUCAGGUAUUGAUCGUGGAUAUCCCAAAGGCUGAAGAAGGCCUUGCAGCAAUCCGCAGAUCCGUGACCGAGGCAACAACCUACGAGCACAAAUGGGUCGACUCCGGCAUGCCAUCGCUAACGACAUGGUUUGCUCUAGCAUCAGCAGCGAAGUCUGAGGGCGGGAUCCCCAAACCCGUCAAAGAUCUCAUCUCUGCAUUGCUGACUAACGCAAUGAGAAAUAUUCAAAUGCAAGCUUCUCUUGAAGCCCAGUCAAACGCUGCCAGCCGCCUGAGCAUCGCUGCACGAACGAACCUGGAGGCAGCGAUCGAGGAGUUCUCGCGUAACGCACAUCAGGAACUGCAGAGCGGUCUGGCAUCGGCUUGGACUUCGCGUAACUGGCGGAAGCUGGCGUGGUACAAGCUCUUCUGGCGGGUGGAUGAUGUGGGCUUGAUCAUCACGGAUCUCGUGACUAAUGCCUGGCUUCCUCAGACCGAGAGAGCAGUAUACGAGCUGUCCGGUCGGCUGUCACAGGCAGGCAUCUCUCCCGUGGAACUCCCCUCUCCACAAUCACAGGCGGAGACAUUUGCGACGGCAGAAGUCAGAACACACGAUGUGGCACAAUCUACCACCGUGCUGCACGCUCAUGCCAAUAUUGCAACAGAAGUCCCCAUACGACCGGUCAUAGCCAACGAGUUCGGUGUCACUGAGGUCAAGAUGGCCCCCGCUCUUCGCCCAGCACCUCUUGCUGUUUCUAUUUCCAACACUCGGUCCAAGCAGCUUGAACGUGCAAUCGCCGGCCUCACCUCCACGGCGCAGCAGAUUGUGCUCAAAACACUGUCUCUUACAGGUCUUACCGCUGGCCUCUCUGUCUUGACCUAUCUUUCGCUCACCCCAGGAAGCUUGUACGAGGCGGGCACAAUCGUGGCUCUAGGCACAGCAUAUGCACUGCGGCGGAUGCAGAGUGACUGGCUGAAGGCAACCAAGGCUCUAGAAGGCAGUCUCUACGAUGAAGGUAGAGCUGAGAUCCGGAAGAUUGUUGGGGUAAUGACCGAGCUUGUGGGAAAUGCCAGUAAGGUUGUUGAGGACGAAGUUGAGAUUCAAAGUCGAAGAGAAGCCGAGGAGGCUGUGUUGAAGGCGAGGGAGGAACUGGACAGACUUGAAAAGUAA